GUCUGCAGCUUUUGUGCGCAUUUCGUGUGUCGCGCGCAGGUUGAUCCGAUGGACGGUGGUCGGGUCUAUCCGGCGCCGGCGCCGGCAUCGGGGCCACGGAAGCUAGCGAGAGAGCACAUGAGACUGGGGGUGUACCACGACGUGCUGCAGCGGCUCAGGGACGCCGGCGCGCCCAAGGCCGUCGAGCCGGACUUCGCCGACAAGCUCUGGACGCACUUCCACCGCUUCAACGCCAGUUAUGCCAUGGAUGUCAAUGUUGAGAGGGCAGAAGAUGUUCUGAUGCACAUGAAGCUGCUUGAAAAGGCUACCCAUCCUGAAAAUCAGCCUGCCUUCUCAGUGAGAAUUGUUCAGGUACCUCUAGACGUUGAUGCAAGUGAAGCCGAUUCACAGUCAAACAUCACUGAAGAUGAUAACUGUCCUAUGCCAAGAACGCCAGCUGAACACCCUGAACCUAUAUUUGGCUCCACUGAGACCCUUAAGGCUCUUGUUCGUCAAGCAAGCAGCAAGAACCUCCUGGAUGACCAACACGAUAUAAAAGCUAUUCUCAGACCCAUGCAUGAGAUCACUUUUGCAUCUGAUGACAAACCAAAGGGCCUUACUCAACUAUCUUCACUUCUAGGCAAGCUCAACCUUGAUAUCAAAGAAGUACAUGCACUUUCAACAAAUGAUGGUUACUUCUUAGAUGUUUUCAUUGUAGCCGGAUGGGAUCACAAGGAAACCCAACUUCUCGAAGAAGCACUGGAGAAGGAAAUUCACAGUUUUGAGUCGCAGAUGCCUUCAAAAUCUUCUUGUUGGCCUCCUGAAUUAGAAGGCAAGCAGUGUUUGGUUAACUCGCAAGCCAACCAUGUUCAGAUACCUAAAGAUGACAGUGAUGAAUGGGAAAUUAACUUCAGCGUAUUGACUUUUCAUGAGAAAGUGGCAUCUGGAACAUAUGGUGAUCUCUAUCGUGGUACAUAUUUUUGUGAAGAUGUUGCAAUUAAGGUGCUCAAGUCAGAUCGUCUUAAUGAGAACAUGCAGAAGGAAUUUAACGAUGAAGUAUUCAUCAUGAGGAAGAUCCGUCAUAAGAACAUUGUUCGAUUUCUUGGGGCAUGCACCAAGCCAACAACCUUAUGUAUUGUCACAGAGUUUAUGAAAAAUGGAAGUGUUUAUGACUACCUUCAUAAGCGUAAAGGUUCGUUCAAACUUCCCAGUCUACUUAAAGCUGCAGUUGAUAUAUCAAAAGGGAUGAACUAUUUACACCAAAACAAAAUUAUUCAUCGAGACUUGAAGACAGCAAACCUUCUUAUGGAUGAGCACGAGCUUAUCAAGGUUGCUGAUUUUGGUGUUGCACGUGUAAAAGCUGAAUCAGGGAUCAUGACUGCCGAAACUGGCACAUAUCGUUGGAUGGCUCCUGAGGUCAUUGAGCACAAGCCGUACGAUUCCAAGGCUGAUGUCUUUAGUUUUGGAGUUGUUUUGUGGGAGCUGCUUACAGGGAAGAUUCCUUACGAGUUUCUAACACCACUCCAAGCAGCCAUUGGUGUUGUUCAAGAGGGUCUAAGACCAGUUAUCCCGAAGGGCACAGAUCCUAAGCUUGCCCUGCUGCUUGAGAGUUGCUGGCAACAAAAUCCUGUCAACAGACCAGACUUCGUACAAAUUUUGCAAAAGCUUGAUGAAAUUGCUGAGGAGCAUGGCGUUGAUCCUAACCAUCCCCAUAAGGAGAAGGAGAAAGGAGGCUUCUUUACUUUCGGGAAGGGACAUUGAGCAAUUUAUAAUAACUGAAAUUGUACAUUGUUUUCUGUGGUUUUACUUCUUGCUAGAUAGAUUCAGGGUAUAUUAUUUAUACAGUGUGGUAGCUGACUGGCAGAUCAUUUGGCCCCAAUUUGUAUUUUCCAUCCAAUGUAAAGCCAAGUAAUCCUGUAUUUUUCAAUUGCUGUGCACAAUGGAAAGCAGAAAAUUGUAGUGAAAUUGCAGCGUAUUAUUUUGGACCUUAUUGGAAGCUUCUUUUGCCAUUAGCACU